CUGAAAAACAAAGACCGUUUUUCCCUCCUCAUCGUCCUGGUCUUCUCUUGAAUUUUUUCUUUCCUUUUUAAUUUCAUCUCUUCUCACACUUCCGCCAUUUUGCCUCCUAAACACUUCAUCUAUUUUUUUUUUAACUAUAAUUAUUAAUUAUUAUAUUUUCUUGGUGUUCUUUCGUUUGGUUCAUUUGAGCACUAUUUUUCAAUUGUUUAUUAUAGAAGCUUCAGAGUUUGGGAAUGCUUCUGGGAAAGUGGUCGCUUCAACAAUAGAUUUCCUCACCAUACGUGUACCUUAACUUUUUCAAGUUCUUGAGUGGGCAUUGGUUUGUUUUUUUGUUUUUUUUUUCCGGACAUUGAAUGUGUUGAUUCAGUUCAGAUUGGUCUUAAAAGAGAGGAUUAUUAAUUGUCCCUGAAGUUUCUGGUUUUUAAGGUUGUCCUUUCUUUUAAUUUUUAUUUUUAACUUGAUGGGUUUCCUUAUAGCUUAGAAUCUUCAUAUGGGUAGAGUAAAUUUCACACACCCUUGAAAGAAAUUGCCUUCAAUUCCUUCUUUUUCAAACGGUUUUUAUUGGGACGCUGUAUUAGGGAACUGGGUUGCAAUCUUUUUUCACAUAAAUGUUUGGUUUUGAAUGAAAAAGAGGGGAAAAAAAAGGCAAAAGCUUUUGUACUAAAUUCAGGAACAGGAUUUCGCUCCUUAUCUCCUCUUUUGAGAUAUUUUGCUUGUCUACACAUGUAAUGUGACAAAUUUUCAGGGCACUUAAUCAUGAACUUUUAGGUAAGGUGUCAAAGAGUUUCCUUAGCAGGUGUCAAAACUUUCCCUUUUUUUUUUUUUUUUUGAAGUUUCUGUUUUUGGGAUUUAGGGCUUUAACAAUUUUUUAUUCUCAUAGAUCUGAGGGACAGAGUUGUAGAGGAAAUCAAUGUGGUAGCUGGGUUUCUGGUAUUUAAUUCAGAGAUCACAGGGUUUUUCACAAGAUAUGGAUUUCGGGUCAAGUUUAGAAUUUUAUAGUCUCUCAAUGUGACUUGUGCUCAAUCCAAUCCGUACAGCAUUAAAGAGAAGUUUGAGUUUCAUUUGGAGUUAGAGAGAGAGAGAGAGAGAGAGAGAGAGAGAGACUUUUUUUUUCUUUGAGAAAUGGGUCAUUCAGCAGCAGUUUGGGAUUAUAAGGCUGCAACUGAGAUUACAAAAGACUGGAAUGGGAUCGACCAAGUUGUGCUUCGGAGCCCACAAGGAGCUUCAGCAAGGGUAAGCUUGCACGGAGGACAGGUCACUUCAUGGAGGAGCGAGCAUGGGGAAGAACUCCUAUUCACUAGUAGUAAGGCCAUAUUCAAGCCCCCAAAAGCGAUACGAGGAGGAAUACCCAUCUGUUUCCCACAGUUCGGAAACGGUGGAUCAUUAGAACAACAUGGAUUUGCAAGAAACAAGAUUUGGGCAAUCGAUGAUGAUCCUCCACCUCUGCGUCCAAAUGAUUCUCAUGGGAAAUCUUUCGUUGAUCUUAUACUCAGACCAUCUGAGGAGGACCUAAAAUGCUGGCCCCAUAGUUUUGAGUUUCGUCUCAGGGUUUCUCUCGCAACAGAUGGAGAUCUAAACCUAAUAUCACGCAUUAGGAAUGUAUAUUGCAAACCAUUCAGUUUCUCCUUUGCUUAUCACACGUACUUCUCGGUUUCUGACAUAAGUGAAGUAAGGAUAGAGGGGUUGGAGACGCUCGACUACUUAGACAAUCUUUUUCAAAGAGAACGCUUUACCGAACAAGGAAACGCUGUAACAUUUGAAUCUGAGGUGGACCGUGUUUAUCUCAGCGCUCCUAAUGGGAUUGCAAUCCUUGAUCAUGAAAAGAAGAGGACAUUCGUGAUACGAAAGGACGGACUACCCGAUGUUGUGGUUUGGAAUCCAUGGGAGAAGAAAUCAAAAUCCAUGGGAGAUUUUGGUGAUGAGGAGUACAAACAGAUGGUCUGUGUCGAUGGAGCUGCAAUCGUGAGACCAAUCACGUUGAAGCCGGGGGAGGAAUGGACGGGGAGAGUGCAGCUCAAGGUCGUGCCUUCAAGUUUUUGCAGUGACCAUCUCGGUCUAUAAGAGUUGGAUGAAGGGCCUCAGUUUCCUUGUUUCAUAAAGAGCUUUGGGGUUAUUAUGUUUUUAGGUAGGAGAGUUGUGAUAGUUUAAGCCAGAAUAGUUUUAAUACGUUCAGGGGGAGAAAUCCCUUGUGAUAGAACAAGUCAAGCCUGAAAUUUUUGAAGAAUGGCAUCCUAGUUUUUCUUUCCCUUUCUUUCGUUAAUGUCUUUGUGAAUGUUGGAAGCUAGAUAAAUGUGUA